GCGGAGCCUUCAACCUCUCCAGCCGCGGCAGGACGGGGGCGGCCGCCGCGGGUCCGGGGCGGGGACAGCACGCAGCCUCGCGGCGCGCACCCCCGCCCGGCAACGGCCACGACACCCGGGGCGAGCGGGAAAGCGGCGGCGGCGGUAGCGGCGGCGGGGGAAGGAUGCAGGGGAAGAAGCCGGGCGGCUCGUCGGGCGGCGGCCGGAGCGGCGAGCUGCAGGGGGACGAGGCGCAGAGGAACAAGAAGAAGAAAAAGAAGGUGUCCUGCUUCUCCAACAUCAAGAUCUUCCUGGUGUCUGAGUGCGCCUUGAUGUUGGCGCAGGGAACGGUGGGCGCCUACCUGGUGAGCGUGUUGACCACCCUGGAACGCAGGUUCAACCUUCAGAGUGCUGAUGUGGGUGUGAUCGCCAGCAGCUUCGAGAUCGGGAACCUGGCGCUGAUUCUCUUCGUGAGCUACUUCGGAGCACGUGGGCACCGACCUCGCCUUAUCGGCUGUGGUGGCAUCGUCAUGGCCCUGGGCGCACUGCUGUCAGCAUUGCCAGAGUUCCUCACCCACCAGUACAAGUACGAGGCUGGCGAGAUCCGCUGGGGCGCCGAGGGCCGUGAUGUCUGCGCCACCAACGGCUCCAGCAGCGAUGAGGGGCCUGACCCCGACCUCAUCUGCCGUAACCGGACAGCCACCAACAUGAUGUACUUGCUGCUCAUUGGGGCUCAGGUGCUCCUGGGCAUCGGUGCUACCCCCGUGCAGCCCCUGGGGGUCUCCUACAUUGAUGACCACGUGCGGAGGAAGGACUCCUCGCUCUACAUAGGAAUCCUGUUCACGAUGUUGGUAUUUGGACCAGCCUGUGGAUUUAUUCUGGGCUCUUUCUGUACCAAAAUCUAUGUGGAUGCUGUCUUCAUCGACACAAGUAACCUGGACAUCACUCCAGAUGACCCGCGCUGGAUCGGAGCCUGGUGGGGCGGCUUUCUGCUCUGCGGUGCCUUGCUCUUCUUCUCGUCCCUCUUGAUGUUUGGGUUCCCACAGUCCCUGCCCCCACACUCAGACCCCGCCAUGGAGAGUGAGCAGGCCAUGCUCCCCGAAAGAGAAUAUGAGAGGCCCAAGCCCAGCAAUGGGGUCCUGAGACAUCCCCUGGAGCCAGACAGCAGUGCCUCCUGUUUCCAACAGCUGAGAGUGAUCCCCAAGGUCACCAAGCACCUGCUCUCAAACCCCGUGUUCACCUGCAUCGUCCUGGCUGCCUGCAUGGAGAUCGCUGUGGUGGCUGGCUUCGCUGCUUUCCUGGGCAAGUACCUGGAACAGCAGUUUAACCUCACCACUUCCUCUGCCAACCAGCUGCUCGGGAUGACGGCAAUUCCCUGUGCCUGCCUGGGCAUCUUCCUUGGUGGCCUCUUGGUGAAGAAGCUGAGCCUGUCUGCUCUGGGGGCCAUUCGGAUGGCCAUGCUGGUCAACCUAGUGUCCACAGCCUGCUACGUCUCCUUCCUCUUCCUGGGCUGUGACACGGGACCUGUGGCUGGGGUCACUGUUCCCUAUGGAAACAACUCAGCACGUGGCCCGGCCCUGGACCCCUACUCUCCCUGCAACAAGAACUGUGAAUGCCAGACCGAUUCCUUCACCCCGGUGUGUGGGGCCGACGGCAUCACCUACCUGUCAGCCUGCUUCGCUGGCUGCAAUAGUACGAACCUCACAGGCUGUGCAUGCCUCACCACCGUCCCCCCUGAGAAUGCCACCGUGGUUCCAGGAAAAUGUCCCAGUCCUGGGUGCCAAGAGGCCUUCCUAACCUUCCUCUGUGUGAUGUGUGUGUGCAGCCUGAUCGGGGCCAUGGCCCAAACGCCCUCUGUCAUCAUCCUCAUCAGGACAGUCAGCCCUGAGCUCAAGUCCUAUGCGCUGGGAGUUCUUUUUCUCCUCCUUCGUUUGUUGGGUUUCAUCCCCCCACCUCUCAUCUUUGGGGCCGGUAUCGACUCCACCUGUCUGUUCUGGAGCACCUUCUGUGGGGAACAAGGCGCCUGCGUCCUCUAUGACAACGUGGUCUACAGAUACCUGUAUGUCAGCAUCGCCAUCGCGCUCAAGUCCUUUGCCUUCCUCCUCUACACCACCACGUGGCAGUGCCUGCGGAAAAACUAUAAACGCUACAUCAAAAACCACGAGGGCGGGCUGAGCACCAGUGAGUUCUUUGCCUCUACUCUGACCCUAGACAAUCUGGGGAGGGACCCUGUGCCCGCGCACCAGACACAUAGGACAAAGUUUAUCUAUAACCUGGAAGACCAUGAGUGGUGUGAAAACAUGGAAUCCGUUUUAUAGUGACUCCAAGAGGAGGGUUGAACUCUGUGUUUGUGAGGCGAAGGGUCAUUUUUCUUAAUAAAAAAAGAGAGAGAGAGAGAGAGAAAGAGACAAAGAAAAAAGGAUUUCAAAAGCAGACAUGCACACACACACACACACACACACACACACACACACACACACACACACACACACACACACAAGACCUUUGUCCUUUUUCUAAAAAUUCCGAGCCAGUCAGGAUUCAGAAUAAAGAGAGGAUGGGAUGGCCCCGGAGGACACGCACACUGCUGGGCUCAGAAUCUGCUUGGAAGGUACCUCAUGGUUUUCACGAUGCCAACAGCUACAAGCAACAGGCACUGCCGAUUUCAGGGAACACUUGUGGCCAGCUUGGAGGAUGGACGUUUCUGGAUACGCAUACACACACAAAACUUUAAAAGCAUUACAAAAUGAGUCUACUAAAAAAAAAAAAUCACAAGUUCAAGUUGAAAACAUGGCCAGAUUAAGCACUAGUGGCACCCUCUCCCUCCAUUGGGGUGGGGGUGGGGUGUGCAGGGUGGAGGGGUGGAAGCCCCACUCCUCUCUCCAGCUUUCGCAAUAUGGGCCACUGUGUAGACCGCUCACCCAGUCUGCGUGUGGUUCAAGUCCCCAGAGUUCUCUGAGAGAUGCUGACGGGCUAUCCGGACUGGAGUCUGUGGUUGGCCCCUCUCACCAGCUCCAUUUCCAUGUUCAAGACUGAGGGCCCGAGGGGGAGCUUGGUGGGGGGCAUGGACCUCCCUAUCUCCUAGCACCUCUUCCCUAUCAGCCCCACAGUGUGACCUCAGGAAGCUGUGGGCCUCACCUGGCUAUGACUGACCCGCUCAGAGCCGGUGAGCCCCAACAUAGCCCAAGUCAUUUGCUUACGUUUGCCAAACAUUUUGCCAUUUUUUCAGAAACAACAGAAAAAAAAAAAUACAAAGCGUACGAAUUUCCAACUGUUGUAUGUAUAAUCCUCUGAUACUAUUUUUAACUACUUCUUGAGUCUGUGUUAACCCUUCAGUCACUAACAAAGCUUUUACUUUUCUCCUUUUUUAAUGCACCAAAAAUAUAAAGUGAUUCAAGGGAUGCAAUUAAUCUAUUGUAAUUUUUAUCCUCAUUCUGAUACUGUGCAAAAAAACACACAAUGCGUUAUAAGAAAAAAGAUAACUCCGGAAAGAGUGUAAAUGCAGCUUUCAAAGAAUCACCUUUGAGAUAAUGGGACAAUGUGACAAGUUGCAAAUCUGCCUUCUGGCUUUAUUCUCCAUGGUGAUGAUGUCACUGUCAUGGGAAGCACUUUCUUAUCCAAGCUUCAUGUUCCAAUGGGCAUUCCUUUUUAGCCUGUGAAGGAAACUCACUCAGAUGUGGGUUUGUGUGGAUGGGAGCCAUGCUCCUGGGGAUAGGAGAGAGAGAAGGUGUAGUUCCCAUGCCCAAGCUGUUGAGUGGGCUAUGAUAUCUGUGAUCAUCAACCCAUAAGCUCCGAAGUGAUCACAUGUCCAUCCAGGUCCCAGGUCAAUCCUGGACUCUGUGUAUUGAAAGUGGCUGAACUUCAGAGACCUGCCAUGUCAUUUGGGAUAACAGUCCUGUGGGGGAAGUCUCUUGCACCAGCAUGCUUAAGACAAUAUGGCCACUGUCAUCAGUGGCUGAGUCAGAUGGGAGCACAUACAUGCAUAGCCGAAGGCCCAGUCAGCUCACACUUCAUGCCUUUUUGUUGACCUUUGUUGAGGAUAUACCAGAGAAUAGACUACAAAGGAUGCUUGGUUUUAUUUUUCACCUCAAACAUCCGUUUACAGUUCACCAGAAGCAAUGAAAGACUAAGGCCAGAAGAGUAAAGAUCGGGGGUAGGGGGUGGGGUUGUGCCAAAUUUUUAACAGACCGUGUCAACGGGGAAAUCUGAGUGAUAGCCCCAAAGUAGAGGAGUCGUCAAGCAAAGACAACCAAGAGAAUGCUGUGUGGCAGUGUGGCUGUGACCUGCUGCCUCAUGCAGGGUGUUUCUAGAACAAACUAGCCUAUCCUUGUUCAUAAACACAGGGUGCUCAUCAGUUCCAUAACUAGGAAAGGGAAAACAGUUCUCCAACCAAUCCAUAAAGUGGGCUUUGUUGCUCUGAAGGCUCUGGUCACAUUUCAAACAGGUUCCAGUUCAGUCUUGUUUUGAAAAUGAAUGGCUAAUGGGUUACUGCCCUCUCUAUACUGUUGUGUAUCUCUCCAAACUGAGGCCCUGGGAUGUACACUUUGUUUCAUGAGAUGAUUUGCUUUUUGGAAAAAAAAAUAAUUUUUAAGCUCUUUG